ACUGUUCACCUCAUUUUUUGCUUUUGCUUUUGCUUUACAGUUUCUCUAGACUCUCUCCCUCUGGUUUCCUCCAUUGCAAACCAAGCUUUCUUUCCAGCUUUGAGGAUCCUCUAUCUAUCUUCCACAUUUACACAACCCCACCAACUAUUUCACCCACCUCUGCUUUUCCUGACCCUCCUCUAUUCUAUUAGUUCCUAAUUCACAACUUCGAUCAAAAAACCCUAUCUCUCUCUCUCCCUCUCCCUCUCUACAUUCUCUCUCCACUGACAAUUGCCCUCCAAAGAUUAGAUUUUCGUGUGUCCUCCUCCUUCGCCCACUUCUUUUAUUAAUUUUCUCAAUUAUCUUUGGCCCAGUGAAGAUCAUACUUCUCAACUUCUAAACUACUCUUCCAUUGAACUUUCUCUUGAGUUUUUUUUUUUUUUUUUUUUCGUUUUGGUGGGUUUUGUGGUAUUUCACUCUACGUUGAGCUAUCUAUUCUUGUUGAAUCCCUUUUGGUUCUACAAGAGGCCCUUCCUUUGCUUCUUUGGGUUCUCAAGGAAGAAGAUCAGCUGGGUUAGGUUUAGAUCACCACAAAGGUGGCAAUGGUUUAACUUUGCAGUUCAGAAUCAGAAACGAAGAUAAUAAGGCUCAAUUUUCUGUUUCCAUCUCUGGGUCAUUAGAAAUGGCGUCUGAGAGUUUGAAUACAGAAUUAUCAAAGAAAACCUCAUUUCUCAGUCUAAAACUAUGGGUUGUAAUUGGUAUAUGUGUUGGUGCUUUUAUUAUUUUGAUCCUCUGUAUUUUGUCUGUGUGGCUCACCUUUCGGAGAAAAUCUAAAAGAACACUAGAAAAGUAUUCCAUUUUUCAAAUACCCAGUGUCUCGAAAGAUAUCAGGGUUGACAGAAUUGGGGGCCAAAACUUCCAUGAUCAUCCGGAGAGUUUAUAUCUGACAGUUCGUGACAAAUCAAGUGAUAAGAAUUCAGAAAAGAUGUUAGUUCAUUUAGGCAUGAGCAAACCUAGCGACAUGGAUAAUAGCAGCCAAUGCAGCUCAAAGUAUCAUCACGAGAGGGGCUGUAGUUCACAAUCAGGGGAAGAGGGAAGGUCUGGGACUGUUCGAAAGCUGCCUUCAUUGUCAUAUGGACUUCCUAUGGCUUCUCCUUUGGUUGGAUUGCCAGAAAUCUCUCAUCUUGGAUGGGGUCACUGGUUCACUCUUAGAGAUCUUGAGCUUGCAACAAACCGUUUCUCAGCAGAGAAUGUGCUUGGGGAGGGUGGAUAUGGGGUUGUUUACAGGGGCAGGCUGAUCAACGGAACUGAGGUUGCAGUGAAGAAGCUUCUUAAUAAUCUGGGGCAAGCUGAGAAAGAAUUUAGGGUUGAAGUGGAGGCUAUAGGUCAUGUUCGACAUAAAAAUCUUGUGCGGCUCCUAGGCUAUUGCAUAGAAGGGGUUCACAGGAUGCUUGUAUAUGAAUAUGUGAAUAAUGGCAACUUGGAACAGUGGCUUCAUGGAGCUAUGUGCCAACAUGGCACCCUUACUUGGGAAGCCCGUAUGAAGGUUCUUCUGGGUACUGCUACGGCGCUUGCUUAUUUGCAUGAAGCAAUAGAACCAAAAGUUAUUCACCGUGACAUCAAAUCUAGCAAUAUCUUGAUUGAUGAUGAGUUCAAUGCCAAGGUAUCUGAUUUUGGGUUGGCCAAGCUCUUGGGUUCGGGAGAAAGUCAUAUAACAACAAGAGUAAUGGGAACAUUUGGUUAUGUGGCGCCAGAAUAUGCCAAUACUGGAUUGUUAAAUGAAAAGAGUGACGUUUAUAGUUUUGGUGUCCUCUUGCUGGAAGCAGUAACUGGAAGGGAUCCCGUGGACUAUGCUCGGCCUUCUAACGAGGUUAAUCUUGUUGAGUGGCUUAAAAUGAUGGUAGGGAAUAGAAGAGCCGAGGAAGUUGUGGAUCCAAACCUUGAAGUUAAGCCUAUCACUCGAGCACUAAAACGUGCCCUUUUGGUUGCUCUUCGGUGUGUUGAUCCUGACUCUGAGAAACGGCCCAAGAUGAGUCAGGUUGCCCGAAUGUUUGAAGCUGAUGAAUUCCCUUACCGUGAGGAUCGGAGAAACAGGAAGAGCCGAACAGCCAGCAUGGAAAUUGAGUCCAUGAAGGAGAGUUGUGGUUUAGUUGACAUGGAAAGCAAAGCUGAGCAAUCAGAGAGCCAUACAUCUGAGACAAUUUGCGGAUAGGACUAACAUACACAUGACCCUGGUGAAUAGUUAAUUAAUUAAUUAAUUGUCUUCACAACCCUUCAUUUUCUAAAGUUUUCAGUAACUACUCUUCAAAUGAUCAAUGUCCAUUUCUUCGAAGAUUUUUAUUAUUAUUUAUUAUUUUGAAAAGAUGCUUGUUUGUUGGAGGGCAAUUGGAUUGAGGAUAGCCCAUUCGGAAUUCUUAAAGCACUAGAUUUUGUUUUAUAUGCUACCUUGAGAAGGGAUGGUCUGUCAUACAAACAGUAAAUUGGAAUUCUUGAAGCAAUACCUGUUUCAUAUACUGCCUUUGAAGGGAUGGACAUGCAAACAGUAGAUUUUCUA